AUGACUGAGGAGGUAUUGGAGAGAAUGAAGGUCUCUCUGACACCUGGUGUUAAGAAGACAAGAAAUCCAAAUGUCUAUAUAAAUUCCCUUAGCCAACACCUGGAGGGUCUCAAACUCUUUGGAAACAAAGAUCAAGUUGAAGUUGAAGAGGAAAUCCUCAAGAACCUAAACAUGGUGCUGCAAGCCUUGACUGGAGACCAACAGAUAUCAGGGAACCUUCUGGAAGCCAGUGAGAUUUUCACAACAUUGGGCCAGAUUCUGACAAGUCAUCCACGCUGUGCGAUGCCCGCUGCACAAGUGCUGGCAGAGCUGGCUAAGAAUGAGGAGCUAAAGCAGCCCUGCAUUGACGCUGGCCUGGUGUCUGCCCUGCUGCCCCAUCUGGAAAGCUCUGACCAAGAUUUGCUGCUCCAUGCUGGGAGGGCCAUUGGGCGCAUCUGUUAUGGAAACAAGGAACUUCAGGAGGAACUAGUCAAGGAUGGCGUGAUCUCAUUGCUGGUGAAGAUCCUAUCUGACUUCCCAGAAAGUGAACCACUUGUGCGGGUGGACCUGUUGGCCCUGUGUAAUUUAGCAGACUUGGAGACAGCUAAGGAGGCCCUCAGCAAGACCAAUGCUGCAGAGGAGCUGGUGAGGCAACUAAGGAGGGCUGAAAACCAGGAGAGACUGGAGAUCAUCACUGAGAUCCUACAGCUGCUGGCAGAGAAUGAUUCCCUAAAAGUACAGCUGGUGGAAGCAGAUGUUCAGAGUGCCCUCGUGGAGAUCCUGCAGAGGGUCCAGGACAGCCCAGAGGUUGAGGCUACAGGAAUCCUGAAGACCAUCUCAGACCUUGUCAUCUCUCUACUCCUGGGAGAUGAGUCUAUGCAGAAACUGUUUGCUAAUGGAACCGGCCUCGUCUACCAGAUGAUCAGCAGCUGGCUUAUGUCCCCGAAUAUCCAGUUGCAACUGACAGGUGCCCUGGCUGUUGCCAACUUUGCCAGGAAUGACAGCAACUGUGUAAAAAUGGUACAACUGGGUGUGGUACACGAGCUCCUGGAUGUCCUGGAGAAGCACGUGGACAAUGGUGAUGUGACGGUGCAGCAUGCAGCCCUCAGUGCCCUGCGUAACCUCGCCAUCCCUGUGAUCAACAAAGUACAAAUGCUGGAAGAAGGUGUGGCCAAGCGUAUCCAGAUGCUACUGAGGUCCGAGAUGCCUCCAGUACAGUUUAAACUCCUGGGCACACUUCGAAUGUUGAUGGAUGGCCAAGUGAAAGCUGCUGAAACCCUUGGGCAGGACCCAGCUCUGCUGAACCGGCUAGUGCAGUGGUGUGAGGCCAAGGAGCAUGCAGGUGUCCAAGGGGAAGCCAACCGCCUACUAGCUUCACUGCUGAGGCACAGCAAGUCCCAGGAAGUGGUUAGGGCCAUUCAGGAAGCCCAGGGAGUGAAGCACCUCGUUUCCAUGACGACCAGUGAGCACGCCAUCAUGCAGAAUGAAGCUCUGAUAGCACUGGCCAUCGCGUCAGCAAUUAACUUAGAAAUCAUCAAAGAGGCAUUUCAAGAGUCCAAAUUGAUUCCAAAUUUACAGAAGCUCCUUGAGGAUGAAAUGACAAGCCCAGAGGUGAAGUACAAGUCCCUGGGCCUCUUGUGCAGCCUCCUGGGUUCAGGUGAUUUGAGAAAGCAAAUGGAGGAAACCAAAGUCCAAGAUACACUGGAGAACCUCUGCAACCACAGCAAUGCCAACGUGGUCAAACAGGCCAUCACCACCCUCCAGAUCCUGAAAAGCAAUGCCCAGGACUCCAGUCUCUUUUUCCCCUAG